CAGAAUUAAUGAGAAAAGUUCCCUUGCCCUAGGGGUAAUUAGUGUCCUUGGAGUUAAAUAAGCUAAUACUUAGACACCUCUGGCACAAGCAAUUAUGUUUGUGUAUUGAAUAAUUGAUUCAAAGAGGGGGGAAGGGCUGCUAAUCAGAUCUGAGCAUAAUGAAUUGAUUUAAUUAACAGGGGAAUCUGAGGGUCUCUGGGAACUGCGCGCACUUUAUCCGUAGCAGGAGCGGGCGCAGCACAUAAAUUGGAGAGAAAGGCAGUGUGAGUAUGCUUUUAGCAGUUGUCAGGUCUGGAAUUGGAUUUCUUGAAUAUAGUUACAGUUUCGGAGCAAAUGAGAACGGGGGGAGAAUUUCUCUGUCGUCUAGUCUAAGCGUUUGAUACGAGUACAGUUACAUAUUCAGUAGAUUUUACUGCUUUCCAUUCUUUGUUUGCGUAUGGCAUUUACGAAGACCAACCAACAUUGUUUUACGGGUGUAAAUUGCAGUUGCAGUUUAGUCCGGAGAGGCAAUUUUCUGUGUUUAGCAAGAACAAACUGAGCGCGGGCACCGCUCUUUCUUUCACGGAUACAUUAUAUUAUCAAUUGCCUAGAAUAACAUUCAAACGCGUGUUCAUGUUACAAAGGUUUCCGUUACUAACGCAGAUACAAGCCAAGCGUUCGUGAAUUUUCAGCUUUCUGAACACAUAAGGACGAUUCGGUCGCUGUUUCAAAGCUCAUUUCUAAGAGAAGCCUUGUGCACACCGUCUGGUGAAGCCUGCUGGAGCCGAGAACGGAUCGUCUGGAGCCGGACUUCUCGUUCCUCAGGACGAUGGUGUUGGACAAGGAAGAGAGUGUACCGAUGCUCUCCGUCCAGCCCAAAGGGAAACAGAAGGGGUGCGCUGGCUGCAAUCGCAAGAUUAAAGACCGCUACCUGCUCAAGGCCCUGGACAAAUACUGGCACGAGGACUGUCUGAAAUGUGCCUGCUGCGACUGUCGCCUGGGGGAGGUGGGCUCCACCCUCUACACGAAAGCCAACCUCAUCCUCUGUCGCAGGGACUACCUGAGGCUCUUUGGUACAACAGGGAACUGCGCUGCCUGCAGUAAACUGAUCCCAGCCUUUGAAAUGGUGAUGAGAGCCAGAGAUAAUGUUUACCAUUUGGACUGUUUUGCCUGUCAGCUUUGUAACCAGAGGUAAGGAGAGAGAGAGAGAGAGCACUCACAACUGUGUCGUGAGACUGCCUUUUUGAAAUAUGUAAUGCUGAUCUGAAAUGGCCAUUAGCUCAAACUAGUUAGCCAUUUAACAAAAAACCUGCCUCUUGAGGUGCAACAGAUCUGUUUUGUCUGUGUAAGACUGUCUGUGUAAAUACAGAUUUGUUUGUUGUCUGUCUUCCCAUUUUGAAAGCACACGCGUGUUGCAUUGCAUUAGCAACACUUAACUCUUUUCUAUGUUGACCCUGCCAUUAGUUUGUCCUUGUUUGUGUUUUGUGACUAGAAACAACUGGGAUUAUAAACUUGAGGGGAACAAAAUUAGCUAAUGUAUCAAAAGUGAUACAGCUGCCAGACCAAUGCCAACACUCACAAUGCUUUAGUUGAAAGGUUCACUUUAAGCCACAGCAAUAGACCUCCAAGAGGCCACUCUACGGGAACAUGCCUUACAAGUUUGGGUACCACACUACAGGGUAGUGGAAUUAAACAGAUUUUUUUUUAAACAAAUACUGUAUGCUAUUCAGUCCAGGAAUGUUAACUAUGUUAACUAGACACCUUAGUGACCCACAUGGGCCAAAGCCUUGCUCACUCCGUCCUAGGUCCUGACCGCUCCUCAACUCUGAGCUCUACACUAUUACAUCCAUACAUACUCUCCUCACAAUACAAUGCAACAAUCCCAUAACAGUACCACAGUGCAGCACAGAGAACACUCUGCUAAUCAUGGGGUAUUGUGACCCUCUCCAUCCAUACAGCACAAGCACAUUAACCUUCCACAGGGAUGAGUCAGUAACCAUGGUGAGCACCUGGCUGGGGUAUGGGAAUGCUGGCU